AGAAAUAUUUCUGUCAUGGCUCAUUCAAAGACUAGGACCAAUGAUGGAAAAAUUACAUACCCGCCUGGGGUCAAGGAAAUCUCAGAUAAAAUAUCUAAAGAGGAGAUGGUGAGACGAUUAAAGAUGGUUGUGAAAACUUUUAUGGAUAUGGACCAGGACUCUGAAGAAGAAAAGGAGCUUUAUUUAAACCUAGCUUUACAUCUUGCUUCAGAUUUUUUUCUCAAGCAUCCUGAUAAAGAUGUUCGCUUACUGGUGGCCUGCUGCCUUGCUGAUAUUUUCAGGAUUUAUGCUCCUGAAGCUCCUUACACAUCCCCUGAUAAACUAAAGGAUAUAUUUAUGUUUAUAACAAGACAGUUGAAGGGGCUAGAGGAUACAAAGAGCCCACAAUUCAAUAGGUAUUUUUAUUUACUUGAGAACAUUGCUUGGGUCAAGUCAUAUAACAUAUGCUUUGAGUUAGAAGAUAGCAAUGAAAUUUUCACCCAGCUAUACAGAACCUUAUUUUCAGUUAUAAACAAUGGCCACAAUCAGAAAGUCCAUAUGCACAUGGUAGACCUUAUGAGCUCUAUUAUUUGUGAAGGUGAUACAGUGUCUCAGGAGCUUUUGGAUACAGUUUUAGUAAAUCUGGUACCUGCUCAUAAGAAUUUAAACAAGCAAGCAUAUGAUUUGGCAAAGGCUUUACUGAAGAGGACAGCUCAAGCUAUUGAGCCAUAUAUUACCAAUUUUUUUAAUCAGGUUCUGAUGCUUGGGAAAACAUCUAUCAGCGAUUUGUCAGAGCAUGUCUUUGACUUAAUUUUGGAGCUCUACAAUAUUGAUAGUCAUUUGCUGCUCUCUGUUUUACCCCAGCUUGAAUUUAAAUUAAAGAGCAAUGAUAAUGAGGAGCGCCUACAAGUUGUUAAACUACUGGCAAAAAUGUUUGGGGCAAAGGAUUCGGAAUUGGCUUCUCAAAACAAGCCACUUUGGCAGUGCUACUUGGGCAGAUUUAAUGAUAUCCAUGUACCGAUCCGCCUGGAAUGUGUGAAAUUUGCCAGCCAUUGUCUCAUGAACCAUCCUGAUUUAGCAAAGGACUUAACAGAGUAUCUUAAAGUGAGGUCACAUGACCCUGAGGAAGCUAUUAGACAUGAUGUUAUUGUGUCAAUAGUUACAGCUGCUAAAAAGGAUAUUCUUCUGGUCAAUGAUCACUUACUUAAUUUUGUGAGAGAGAGAACAUUAGACAAACGAUGGAGAGUACGCAAAGAAGCCAUGAUGGGACUUGCCCAGAUUUAUAAGAAAUAUGCUUUACAAUCAGCAGCUGGAAAAGAUGCCGCAAAACAGAUAGCAUGGAUCAAAGACAAAUUGCUACAUAUAUAUUAUCAAAAUAGUAUUGAUGAUCGGUUACUUGUUGAACGGAUCUUUGCUCAAUACAUGGUUCCUCACAAUUUAGAAACUACAGAACGGAUGAAAUGCUUAUAUUACUUGUAUGCCACACUGGAUUUAAAUGCUGUGAAAGCAUUGAAUGAAAUGUGGAAAUGUCAAAAUCUGCUCCGACAUCAAGUAAAGGAUUUGCUUGACUUGAUUAAGCAACCCAAGACAGAUGCCAGUGUCAAGGCCAUAUUUUCGAAAGUGAUGGUUAUUACAAGAAAUUUACCUGAUCCUGGUAAGGCUCAGGAUUUCAUGAAGAAAUUCACACAGGUGUUAGAAGAUGAUGAGAAAAUAAGAAAGCAGUUAGAAGUACUUGUUAGUCCAACAUGCUCCUGCAAGCAGGCUGAAGGUUGUGUGCGUGAAAUAACUAAGAAGUUGGGCAACCCCAAACAGCCUACAAAUCCUUUCCUGGAAAUGAUCAAGUUUCUCUUGGAGAGGAUAGCACCUGUGCACAUAGAUACCGAAUCUAUCAGUGCUCUUAUUAAGCAAGUGAACAAAUCAAUAGAUGGAACAGCAGAUGAUGAAGAUGAGGGUGUUCCAACUGAUCAAGCCAUCAGAGCUGGUCUUGAACUGCUUAAGGUACUCUCAUUUACACAUCCUAUCUCAUUUCAUUCUGCUGAAACAUUUGAAUCAUUACUGGCUUGUCUGAAAAUGGAUGAUGAAAAAGUCGCAGAAGCUGCAUUACAAAUUUUCAAAAACACAGGAAGCAGAAUUGAAGAGGAUUUUCCACACAUCAGAUCAGCCUUGCUUCCUGUUCUACAUCACAAAUCUAAAAAAGGACCCCCCCGUCAAGCCAAAUAUGCCAUUCAUUGUAUCCAUGCGAUAUUUUCUAGUAAAGAGACCCAGUUUGCACAGAUAUUUGAGCCUCUGCAUAAGAGCCUAGAUCCAAGCAACCUGGAACAUCUCAUAACACCAUUGGUUACUAUUGGUCAUAUUGCUCUCCUUGCACCUGAUCAAUUUGCUGCUCCUUUGAAAUCUUUGGUAGCUACUUUCAUUGUGAAGGAUCUUCUCAUGAAUGAUCGGCUUCCAGGGAAAAAGACAACUAAACUUUGGGUUCCAGAUGAAGAAGUAUCUCCUGAGACAAUGGUCAAAAUUCAGGCUAUUAAAAUGAUGGUUCGGUGGCUACUUGGAAUGAAAAAUAAUCACAGUAAAUCAGGAACUUCUACCUUAAGAUUACUGACAACAAUAUUGCAUAGUGAUGGAGACCUGACAGAACAGGGGAAAAUUAGUAAACCAGAUAUGUCACGUCUGAGACUUGCUGCUGGGAGUGCUAUUGUGAAGCUGGCACAAGAACCCUGUUACCAUGAAAUCAUCACAUUAGAACAAUAUCAGCUAUGCGCAUUAGCUAUCAACGAUGAAUGCUAUCAAGUAAGGCAAGUGUUUGCCCAGAAACUUCACAAAGGCCUUUCCCGUUUACGGCUUCCACUUGAGUAUAUGGCAAUCUGUGCCCUUUGUGCAAAAGAUCCUGUAAAGGAGAGAAGAGCUCAUGCUAGGCAAUGUUUGGUGAAAAAUAUAAAUGUAAGGCGGGAGUAUUUGAAGCAGCAUGCAGCUGUUAGUGAAAAAUUAUUGUCUCUUCUACCAGAAUAUGUUGUUCCAUAUACAAUUCACCUUUUGGCACAUGACCCAGAUUAUGUCAAAGUACAGGAUAUUGAACAACUUAAAGAUGUUAAAGAAUGUCUUUGGUUUGUUCUGGAAAUAUUAAUGGCUAAAAAUGAAAAUAACAGUCAUGCAUUUAUCAGAAAGAUGGUAGAAAAUAUUAAACAAACAAAAGAUGCCCAAGGACCAGAUGAUGCAAAAAUGAAUGAAAAACUGUAUACCGUGUGUGAUGUUGCCAUGAAUAUCAUCAUGUCAAAGAGUACUACAUACAGUUUGGAAUCUCCUAAAGACCCAGUACUACCAGCUCGUUUCUUCACUCAACCUGACAAGAAUUUCAGUAACACCAAAAAUUAUCUGCCUCCUGAAAUGAAAUCAUUUUUCACUCCUGGAAAACCUAAAACAACCAAUGUUCUAGGAGCUGUUAACAAGCCGCUUUCAUCAGCAGGCAAACAAUCUCAGACCAAAUCAUCACGAAUGGAAACUGUAAGCAAUGCAAGCAGCAGCUCAAAUCCAAGCUCUCCUGGAAGAAUAAAGGGGAGGCUUGAUAGUUCUGAAAUGGAUCACAGUGAAAAUGAAGAUUACACAAUGUCUUCACCUUUGCCGGGGAAAAAAAGUGACAAACGAGACGACUCUGAUCUUGUAAGGUCUGAAUUGGAGAAGCCUAGAGGCAGGAAAAAAACACCCGUCACAGAACAGGAGGAGAAAUUAGGUAUGGAUGACUUGACUAAGUUGGUACAGGAACAGAAACCUAAAGGCAGUCAGCGAGGUCGGAAAAGAGGCCAUACGGCUUCAGAAUCUGAUGAACAGCAGUGGCCUGAGGAAAAGAGGCUCAAAGAAGAUAUAUUAGAAAAUGAAGAUGAACAGAAUAGUCCACCAAAAAAGGGUAAGAGAGGCCGACCACCAAAACCUCUUGGUGGAAGUACGCCAAAAGAAGAGCCAACAUUGAAAACUUCUAAAAAAGGAAGCAAAAAAAAAUCUGGACUUCCAGCACCAGAGGAGGAGGAAGAAGAAGAAAGACAAAGUGGAAAUACAGAACAGAAGUCCAAAAGCAAACAGCACCGAGUGUCAAGGAGAGCACAGCAGAGCAGAGCAGAAUCUCCUGAAUCUAGUGCAAUUGAAUCCACACAAUCCACACCACAGAAAGGACGAGGAAGACCAUCAAAAACGCCAUCACCAUCACAACCAAAAAAAAAUGUCCGUGUAGGACGCUCCAAACAAGCAGCUACUAAGGAAAAUGAUUCAAGUGAAGAAGUAGAUGUGUUUCAGGGUAGCUCUCCUGUCAAUGAUGAUAUUCCACAGGAAGAAACAGAGGAGGAGGAAGUUUCUACAGUAAAUGUACGGCGGCGAAGUGCUAAAAGGGAACGACGAUGAACAAAUGUAAUUAAUAACUUUCUCUGUGAAAGCUUUGGAAAAAUCUUUUUUUUUUUUUUUGGUCAAACUUGAGGCUGAAUAAAGCCUUUGAUGCACAAAAUGGGACUGCUGAAGAGUGGACAGUUGGACCUUACUUUGGUGACCCCAUACAAUUUGUGGUCACAUGCUUUAGCCAUACGCAUGAUAACCUUGACUAUGGAGUCUUGUGAAAGUGUAAUGUGCGAUGGCUGUGUAGACAUAAAGAAGAAACUUGUAAAUAUCUUUUUUCUUUUUUUAAUGUUUCUGACUUCUGAAGUGCUUGUAUAGCUUUUAUCUGCGGCUUUAAACUGACAGUACCCAACUGUUUAUUGGAUCUAUUGAUUUGAAAAGAAUUUGUUAGGAUAGAUCUUAAGCAGUAAUCUGUCAGUGUUUGUAUUUGUAUUCUCUGCAAUUUUACUGUGAAAAAAAUUUUUUUCAACAAUUGGUGUCAUUUUCUUGAUGUCACUAUUUGUUGGAGAGUUAAAUGGUCUCUUCCCCUUGUGUAUCUUACCUAGUGUUUACUCCUGGGCACCCUUAAUCUUCAGAGGUGCUAAAUUGUUUGCCAUUACACCGGAACGAUGCCUCUGAUAGGAGGACAACCAUGCAAAUUGUGAAAUAGUCCUGAAGUUCUUGGAUGACUGUACACCUCAGUAUUGAUUGGUCCCAGAAUUUUCUGGCCUUUCAUGGCAAUGAAAAUUUUAAGAAGAAAGAUUUAAAGUAUUUUAAUUUUAAAGAGUGUGUUAUAAAAUAAUGUACUGAAUUCUUUAUCCCAUUUUAUCAUCCUUUCAGUUUUUAUUAAUCUACUGUAUCAAUAAAAUUCUGUAAUUUGAAUGAGUUUUUAAUAGUCUAGAAUGUUAUUGUGUAUAGAUAUUUCCUCUUGAACAUUAUGUUCAAAAAAUGCAAAUUACACUAUAAUAUAAAACCUGAUAUAUACACAUUAGAAAAAUUCCAGUUCUCCAUAACAGUGUAAAGUUAAUCAGAAAGAAAAAAUUUUAUUGAUGCAGUGUGUCUUUAUAAAGCUGUUCUUGAAAGCCAAGUGUUUUGUAUUUUAUAGUGAGUUGCAUGUUUAUGAAAAAAAGUGCUGAAAAUGGGAUGUGCUCUUUUCUGUAAAUUCAUAUUUAGCCAUAGUCUAUGAUAGAUUGCCCCAUAACAUAGUUUUUCAUCAAGAGUUUAUUAUUGUACUUUAUUUUGGAGCCAAAAAAUUGAUUCUGGGGGGUGGGGCAGGGUAGAAGUGGUAUAUCCAACUAUAUCAGCUACUGUAGUUGUCACAGUCUUGUGAACUUUGAAUGAAAUUCCACUUUGUCCAGAUUGGGAGAAGUGGAAAUUUAUUUGGAUUUAGAGCAGGUCUUUUUUUUCCUUCAUUGUAAUCUGCAAAAUACAGAAAUAAAUUACUUAAGGCGGUAUCCUUUGUACAGUUGUAUAAACUGUAUUUUGAACCAAAACAUGUAGGUUACUACUUAAUGCUGACCUAAAUUCAUUUUAGUAUUUUAGGUGCUGUUAUGUUUUUUCAUGGUUAACACCAGAGGAAAAUAAAAAUCAUAUUCUAACUUAUUAAAUUUAUCACAUUGAAUAGUGGAACAUUUUCAUAUGAUACACCAUUAUGUUUAAGGUAUAUUUCCAAGAUUGGUUAUAAUAGAUGGGGCAUAUAAUAAAGAAGCUACUAUUUUGGAAAAUGACAUUUUACUAUUUGCCAAUGUAUACUGCAGUUGAUAUGAUUAUUUUUCUUUUAAAGAUUUGUUCGUGUUUAUGAAACAGCCAUUUAUUUUUUAAAAAGUGUUUUGAAUUGUGUCUUAGUCUCUCCAUAUUUAACUAUUCUUCAUUUACAACAAUACUGACACCAGUAAUUAUGAGAGGCUGUCAUAUAUCAAAAGCAGCUCAGGUUGGAUUAAGAUAACAUUGGUUUUGAAAUGGUUCCUUAGCUUGGUUUUCCCAAACACAUAAUUUCUGUUUCAGCAGUACAAAGGCAUGUUUUAAAAUCUAUAACAUAAAGAAUAAGGAAUAGCUUUGUAUUUUUGUCAUUGAUUAAAUUGCACCGGAAAUGUUUAUGGAAAUAUAUCAUUAAGAACAUUUUAUAAAACAUACGAAAAAAUGAUUGUGAAGGAUUUUUAUUUGCAUGAUCAUAGUUAACCAAAUUUCGUUGCACAUUUUUGUAAUGCUGUACAGCAGUUCACAAAAAAAUGUUCAUUGUAGAUUUUGUUAUGUUCAAUGCCAAUGAGUCUGUAAUUUUACAACCUGUCUGUUCUUUUUUUGGGUGGAUUACGAUGUAAAUUUUUCUUUUUCUUUUUUUUUUGGUAGAGAAAUAGGUGCAAUAAUCACAGUUUUGAUGUCUCGAGUCUCCAUCCUAGGGGAUUAUCUUACGUUUAAACUUAACAUUUCAUGUAUUAACAUUUCAUGUACUAACAUUUAUAGAAGCCACAUACUUUACAAUAAAAUUAAGUGUGUAUUAAACAUUAAUUGCUAACAAUUGUUAGCAGACUAUUCAGUGAUAAUGUUCGUUUAGAAAAUAUGUACUGUAUAACAUUAAGAAAAUAUUUAACUCCCUGUAACAAGCUCCAUUAUGAAAAUCUUAUUCCUCAGUGAGGUGUUCUUGCUGCACUCUGUAGCAAAUUUGUUUAAUCCACAUUAUAAUAAAAUGUCUUGCUGCAGUGCAACAGGAAGCUUUUUCAGUGAUCUCCACUGUAUAUGUAAAUUACAAAUGUGGCUGUAAAACUUAUUCCAGGUAUUAAAGGUUAAAUUACUUUCUAUAUCUUCUUAUAACUUGUAAGUUUGAUUUUUAAGAUUUUAUUUUGUCCACUUGUAAGAAUGUCAGGAAUUUAAGAAUUUGUUUAAAUUAGGCAUAUCUCUGCCACCACAUAGUAUUAUGUCACCAUAAUGAACAAUUGAUAUUUAAAUACAUAACCAAUUUUCAGACACAUUUUUAGAUUUCUGUGAAGUUGAAUAAACAUGAAAGCUAA